AUGUUGGACAACAAAAAUACUAUCGCCGGCGCCGAUAAGGUGACUGAAGCGGAUGAGGGAUACGAGGCGAUCGGGCCCUCCAAGGUAGUCCAGUACGCACCGACGGUCCAAGACAAGGCCUCCAAGGCAUUUGCGGGUCACGAGAAGGUCAACUUUGGAGACAUAGAUUCUAAGAAAGCUGCCACCACACCUGGCCAAGCUGUAUCUGGAAACGCUGCAUUCAAUCCGCCUCCCGGUUUUGCGGAUCAGCGCUCUUUGUUUGCCGGUCAAAAUCCCGAAGUUAGACUUCCGCCUAGGCAAAUUCAGCCUCCACCUGGGAUCCCACUCCCUCCCGGACUUCCAAUCCCGGCGAGCUACUACCAGCAACAGGGCAUCGCUCCCCCAACCGGUCCAGGAAAUACUCCGUUUGCUCAGCCGAGAGAGACAGCUGGCCCCUCCGCUCAAACCAUCGACAAUCGUCAGGCAGGGCCGGGUCAAUAUCGUCAGGCUUAUCUGGACAUGGGCCCCUUCACCGUUGGUCAACGUAGCGAUGCUAAUGAUUCAUACUUAAAUUUGAACAUAACAGACGCCGAAAUCAAAACUCUCAACGAGACAUUCGCGAAAUACGGCCAGACUAAGGAAGGAAUCCAUUUACUUACCGACCGUUACGGGAGGAGGGGGGCGGUUAGUGAACAAGGGAGUGCCUCAAAAGGUGGUGAGUCAGCCGGCGGCCCUAGUAAGCCGAAAACUAUCGAAAAGGACAAUUUUAAAGAGCGUUUCGAGGAAGUUUUUGGCACAAAAGGAAAAGUUUCUAUCCAGGUGCUCCAGGAGCAUCAAAAGAAGAGAUUGAUUGCCGAGCGAAUCCGCAAUGAGAGGAUUGCCGCCGAAGAUGAGAAGAAAGUCCCAGAGCCUGUGACAGGCAAUACGGAAUUGUUCCCUUAUCCCACGCACGGAAAAAGCGAUAGUGAGGUCUCGCGGGAGCUUCUAGUAGAGGCCAUGAAGCAGCUUAGUUCGUACGUGGAGGAUGAAGGAGUCACCAGAGACGUUGCAGCAAACAAAAGUGUCUAUAAAGCCGGGCCAUGGAAGAAACCCCCCGCGGGAAAAAUCCCUGAUUGGAUCGGCGACGAUAACACUAGCUUCUUUGACCAGUCUUUCGGUAAAGAUUACGUCCCCGAAGGGAGACAAACUACGGGUGGAGGAGGCCCUUCCAACCAGCCGGUGAAGGACGCUGUCAAACUCGAACAAACCUCUGCAAAAGGUGAUGGUGCUAGUAACACUGGGGGUUCUGGGAAUCAGUCAGUUGGCAAGUACGACGCCGCCAAGGGCGGGCAGUCUGUCGGUCAGGGGCAAGCUUCGAACACACCAGGCAACGUUAUCUUCGGACCGCCUAAACCUCCGGGAUAUCCCAACCAUAUGCCCCCCAGAGAAUACCUUCGCCCUCUCAAGACCUUUGAACCUUUUGAGAAUGAGCCCCCAAAAGUGAGAUAUGGUCUCCUCCCGGCAAAUCCGAGGAGCACCAAUACCGCGGAGAAGUCUUAUAUCAACUAUCGCGGAGGAGCGGUGGGACCUAUCGCCGACUCUGCGCCCCGAUACGUCCGCGGACCCAAGGGCUACCUGGAGCUUGCAAAGGAUACGGCUCCUCCCCCACCAGUUGAUCCAUCCCCGUUUAAUCAACCCAUGGCCACUCCCUCUCCUUAUGCGGCGUUGGAGCAAGCUCUAGGAACCACCCGCUUCACUCAAGGGGUCGCACAACACAACCGGCUGACAACCCCCAUACCUCCACCCGGAGCAAAGCCAACCGGUGGUCUAAUUACGGACGUCAUCAACGGGUUUACUCGUGUCAAUUACGGAGGAAGACAAACUCAGCUCGACCCAGACGGCAGCGGACUUUCCAGGAGUGAAGUCUUAAAACGCAAUCAACGUCCAGGAGAGCGCAUCGGAAUUAAUUUCUAUGGGGAGAAUGGGAUGGAAUUUGCAAUCGAUAAGACUGACUUUAACCCCGCCGAACACAAUACGCUGGGUGGCAAGUUCAAACUCAAGUCGCAGUUGCGUAGGGAAGAGGAGGCAUUGCGGGCUCAACAAUCCCAACAACCCAAGCAGACGUCGUUUGAAGGUGCCCAACAAGCUACUACACCCGCCAAAGGAACCCCUGUUCAAGGUAAAGGUUCCGGUGAAGGCUCUGGGACCCGUUCAUUCUUCAAUACGCCCUCGGGUGGGAACCCGCAGCCAGGCCCCGCCACCCCAGGAAACCGGGCCGGCCAAGGCAACCCAGAGCCGAAAAGGGGUGGGAAGGGUUGGCAUGGCGGAAUGGGGGGAAGACAAUAGACAUGGUCCUCCCUCAUAACCAAAAAACAACGGUUAACUUUAGAUAGAAGCCAACAUUACGAGGAACUGAUGCGAUGGAUGGUUCAUAGUAUAAUGGUUUUGUAUUUGCUUUUGUUUGC